AAUUGAAUUACACUCAUAAUCAAACAUUAAAAAAAAUCAUCACUUUACCUUUUACAUUAUUUUAUCGUAAAAGUUUCAUUAGAAGUGACCAGUUGAGAAGCAAGAUACAUACACCCUUCCAAGAAAGAAAACAAAAGACAUCAUGAAACCAACAAACAUACAACCCCGCACGUCGUUACCGUUUGCCAGCUCAAACUUCCGUUACUUUACCCAAACACUCCUCACUGUUUCACUUUCCACGUCACGGAUGACGCUAAAUUUAACACCAAAUUGUACUUUCCCCGUCUAACACGUAACGCCGUUUUUCAAAACUCCGUUACUUUCUCGUUAGGCCCAUUUUCGGGCCCAAAUUCUUACACACUCUCUCUUCAACUAGUCGCUCCAAAGUCUUCUUCUUCACAACUCUCUCUCUCUCUCUCUCUCUCUCUCUCUCUCGGAUUUUUCUUCAAUUUUCCGUUUCCUUUUGUUUAUUGGCGCUUUCUCACUCGUAUUGAUGUCGGACAAGGGUCGGCCACUACCAAAAUUUGGUGAAUGGGAUGUCAAUGAUCCAGCCUCAGCUGAGGGGUUCACAGUGAUUUUUAAUAAGGCAAGGGAUGAGAAAAAGACAGGUGGCAAUCCUGAGUCACCAGGAAAGACUGCCACUGAACCUCAGAGCAAACCUGCAAUAGAUCCUGGCAAACCUCAGAAUAAAAAAUGGUUUUGCUGCAUACAAAACCCUCCUGCAGAAUCAUAACAAAGCUGGCUCAGGUGAAACAGAACAAACUAUGUUUAUGUGUAACUAGCUCCACAGUAUUUUCUCAAAAGAUAGGAGCUGUAGAGCCAUAAGUGAAUUCUACUGGAGUUUAUAUUCUGUGCUAUAAAACUGAGCUGCAAUGGGGGAAAGCAAAGAAGAUAGUAUUAUUUAUGUGUGUGUAUCAAUGUUAUGGUUUAUGAUUAGGAGCCAAGGUUGCUUUCUGUUUUGCCUUGUCUUAUGAGCUAAAGCGUUGUUUGUCACACUGUAUUCCUUGUAUUAUCAAACAAGUCCUAUUUUAUGAAUGCAUUUCAUUCCUUUGA